GCUUUCCACCUCGGACCCGGCAGAAUGGCUCCUGCAAAGAAGGUGGCGAGAAGAAAAGGCCAUUCUGCCAUCACCGAGGUGGUGACCCGAGAAUACACCAUCGACAUGCACAAGCACAUCCAUGGAGUGGGCUUCAAGAAGCGUGCCCCUCAGGCACUCAAAGAGAUUCGGAAAUUUGCUAUGAAGGAGAUGGGAACUCCAGAUGCGUGCAUUGAUACGAGGCUCAACAAAGCUGUGUGGGCCAAAGGAAUAAGGAAUGUCCCAUACCGAAUCCGUGUGCGAUUGUCCAGAAAACGUAAUAAGGAUGAAGAUUCACCAAAUAAGCUCUAUACUUUAGUUACCUAUGUACCUGUUACCACUUUCAAAAAUCUACAGACAGCCAAUGUGGAUGAGAACUAAUCGCUGAUCGUCAAGCAUAUCAAAUAAACUUUAAAAAAUUGCCAAAAAAAAAAAAAGUGACUAUCUCCUUAAAUGUUACACCCCAGGUGCCUGACUCAUCUUACCCUGGUCCUGGCUGUGUUUGAUUCAGGGCUUUUUGUACUUACAGCUGAAAGAUUCUGACUGGUGAGAAUUCUGACUGGUACUCGAAUUUAAG